GCUUAAGUUCCCUCGCCUUCAAAAAUCAAAAUCAAAGCCAGAAGUAGAAACUCGCAACCGUUGCGAUUCAGAAGCGAAAUCUUCCAUUAAAGCAACUACUCUCCUCCAUGGAUUUCACUCCUCCGUCUCACCGCUCCGACCCUCGAUCCCGAACAAAGUCAGCCGCACGUCUCGCAAUUGAAGCCGACCAAAUUCCCCAUUUCUCAGUCGAAACCAUUUCUUCGCCGCCCAACAAAACCCACUCCCCUUCCAUUCACCAGCCCUUGCUUCUGUCGCCAUCCACUCUCAGGAAAUCCAGGUCCCGUCUCGUGGAUCGGUUCGAAAUGAACGACGAGGUUAUGGAGGCCGCCGCCGCCGCACGGAGAAGGUGUAAAACCCGCGGCCUCCCAUUUGGGCUUCUGGGCUGUGCUUCUCCGAGGAGCGUGAGAAGGUCGAGAAGACGAUCGGAGGUGGAGAUUAGAGAAGAGAGGGAGUUUUCUUUGGCGGAAGAGUUUGUGAAGACUAGAAAGAAAAGGCAGAGUGGGAGAUCGAAGAAGGACAGGCUGAGUUUGGUUCCAGUUCCAACGAUGCCUUCGAGUUCAACUCCAAAGCUUGAUAAUGACGAAAAUGGUAGUCUGGAUCGAAUCAGGCAGCUGAUAACUGAUCUGAUCAUGUGGAAAGAUGCGGCGAAGUCUAGCUUUUGGUUUGGACUUGGUUCUUUAUUCUUCUUCUCCUCUUGCAUCGCUAGAGGAGUUAGCUUUAGCAUUUUCUCGGCGGUUUCGCAUCUUGGACUUCUGUUUCUUGGCCUUGCAUUUGUCUCCAGUUCAAUCUGUCAAAGGAACAAUGUGGAAAAGAAACACAAGGACUUCAAGCUUAAAGAAGAUGACAUACUACGCAUGGUGAAGCUUUUUCUUCCAGCUGCAAACUUUGUCAUUUCAAACAUAACGGAGCUUUUCUGUGGAGAGGCUGAGAUGACCCUGAAAGUAGCUCCAUUCCUCAUUUUAGGAGCUGAGUAUGGACAUCUUAUUACUCUUCGAAGACUCUGUGCAAUUGGGUUCUUUACCAGUUUCUCUGUGCCAAAGCUAUAUUCAUGUUACCAAAUUAAGAUAAACAGAAAAGCCGAUGCUGUGAAACAAUGGAUGUUUGAAGUAUGGGAAGCUUGCUCGCAUAAGAAAGUAGUGGUAGGAUCAGCAGCCACAGUGUUCUGGAACUUUUCAUCCCUAAAGACCCGAAUUUUCACAGCUUUCAUAGCUCUAGUUAUAGUUCGAUACUGCCGGCAAUUUAUAGUGUCAUCGGAACCGGAAGCUGUAGACGUACAAGAGGACGAGUGCCAGGCACUGGUUCUAGUAGAACAAGGCAAGGAGGAGGAGGAGCAGAGGCAAGCUCUAGUGGUGGCGGAACCCCAUCGCCAGCCUUGAUUUGGCUUUGCUGCUUCUUGUUCUGCACUAUCNGUU